GUCUUGACUCACCUUCAGUGUUUGGGGCGAAAGAAAAUCCACCUUCAAUCAUCCUAUUUUGACCAUCAGUUUCCAUUGAUUCCUUCUUCAACCAUCAUGGCGCCUCCUGUCUCCCUCCCUACAAGAAAGCUGGGUCGCAAUGGUCCCGAAGUGACCGCACUGGGCCUGGGCCUGAUGGGUCUCAGUAACGCUUAUGGUGAUGCAGGCACGGAUGAGGAGCGCUUCAAAUUCCUCGACCGCGCCUGGGAGCUCGGCUGCACAUUCUGGGACUCGUCCGAUCUGUACGGCGACAGCGAGGACCUCCUGGGCAAGUGGUUCAAGCUGCACCCGGAGCGGCGGGCCGACAUUUUCCUGGCCACCAAGUUCGGCAUUGUCCGGACCGCGAACGGGUACGGCAUGGACACCUCGCCCGAGUACUGCCGCGCGGCGUGCGAGAAGAGCCUGCAGAGGCUGGGCAUUGACUCCAUUGACCUCUAUUACAUCCACCGGCUCGACGAGAAGACGCCCAUCGAGAAGACUGUCGAGGUCCUGGCCGAGCUGAAAAGGGAGGGCAAGAUCAAGUACCUGGGCAUCUCCGAGUGCAGCUCGACGUCCCUCCGCCGCGCCCACGCUGUGCACCCCAUCGCAGCCGUGCAGGUUGAGUACAACCCCUGGGACCUCGACAUCGAGAACGAGACGGGCACCCACCUCCUUCCCACCUGCAGGGAGCUCGGCGUGGCCACCAUCGCCUACUCGCCGCUGGGCCGCGGCAUCCUGACGGGCCAAAUCCGGUCCCGGGACGACCUUGGCAAGGACGACUUCCGCUUGUUGAUGAGCCGGUGGAGCGAAGAGAAUUUCCCCAAGAACCUGGCCGUCGUCGACAAGAUCGCCUCUAUUGCGGCGCGCAAGGGCGUUACCACCAGCCAGCUCGGCCUGGCCUGGGUCUUGAAGCAAGGAGACGAUUUGAUUCCUAUCCCCGGCACCAAGAAGAUCAAGUAUCUGGAGGAGAACCUGGGUGCCCUCAAGGUUGACUUGUCCGAUGAGGAAGAGAAAGAGAUCCGGAAGCUCGUAGACGAAGCCACCGUCAUCGGGAAGAGAAAUAUCCCUGGUUUGCUCAACGUCUUUGCCGACACACCUCCUCUGCAGUGAGCACAUGCAGCAUCUCAAAAGCUGUUCUUACCUCCGAUGAUGAAGAGCGCUUUGUGGCCAAGAUAGCAACACCACAGCUGAAAUAAAAGGAAGCGCAUAUCCUCUGACAUGUCUCAAGAUAUAUACCAAAUGUAGGGAGCUUUAAGUUCGA